UAGAUCUGGAUACAAUAAUUGCUGGCAGUGCAUCAUGGGAUAGCCGACCAUAGGAUUACCUUGUCUUCUUCAAAGCAACGAACUGCCCUAUAAUUCAAAUAAUUGAACGAAGUUUUGUCUUCUUUGCCGAUAACCUAAUCUAGCAUCAAGAUAGAAGGCUUAUUAAGCUGUUGAAAUACUCUUCUGUGGGAUUUGGUGAUUACAAUUCUCGAAAAUGUCGUAUAUGUUACCGCAUCUCCAAAAUGGCUGGCAAGUCGAUCAAGCCAUCAUGUCAGAGGAGGAUAAGGUUGUUGUUAUUCGUUUUGGUCACGAUUGGGAUCCAACCUGCAUGAAGAUGGACGAACUUUUAUAUUCCAUCGCCGACAAAUGCAAGAAUUUCGCUGUGUUUUACUUGGUUGACAUCACUCAAUGUCCAGACUUUAACAAGAUGUAUGAACUCUACGACCCCUGCACCAUCAUGUUCUUCUACCGAAAUAAGCACAUUAUGAUUGAUCUGGGUACUGGUAACAACAACAAGAUUAACUGGGCACUUGAUGAUAAGCAGGAAAUGGUCGAUAUCGUUGAGACAGUGUAUCGAGGUGCAAGAAAAGGCCGAGGUCUUGUGGUUUCACCAAAGGAUUACUCCACAAAAUACAGAUAUUAGUGUAAAACGCAUGAAAGAAUUGAAAAUACAGUGAAACCUAGACUUCCCGAAACUGGAUUUUCCGAUAACCUAGAUUCUACAAUAGCAUUCCUUUCACUCGGCGAAAAUACAGUAAAAUGCAUAGGAGAUUACCUCCAUAUUACGAUAUUGGAUACAACAAUAUUCUUGAUUUUACGAUACAAAUAUGUUGUCCAAAGCAUAAUUUUGACCUCCAUAUAACGAUAUUACUGAUUUUUUCUCAACAAAGAGAGAAAAACCAGGCACCUACAGUACAGUUAAUCGAUUUUUUUUUAUUUAACAGAUCUUGUUGAAUACAGAUCACAGUAUUACAGAGAGAAAAAGAUGACUCCUUCAUGUCGUAAAAUCUAGGACCUCUUUGUAAUGAUACCUCGAUUUUACAAUGCAUUUUAUUUCUCCCGAGGCAUAUCGUAAAAUCAAGGCCCCACUGUAGGAAUUGCAAAAGUACCUGCAAUCACAUACAUUUAAUUUAAGACUUGCCAGCUUUUUUGUUAGUAGAUUUAUUUUUGGCUAUUUGUUGAAUCUGCUAAACUGAACACAACAUUAGACAGUCACCAUCUGCCAAGGGACAGACACUUUUAUAAGCAGACAACUCUAUAUACAAACCUACAAAUUUCAUUCCAGUUGUUUUACCAUACUCUUUCUUAUAUAAACACCAUCUUAUUAGCAGAUAUGAACACCUAUGAAACAAAACAUAUUACUACUUUUGCUCACUUUUUCUCUAAGAAUAUCAGAAUAACAGAAAUAGAAAAUCCAAAUAAUGUGCGCCUAAAACUGUUCAAGUGCAAAUGCAUGUCUGUUGACUUUUUUCACUAUAAUAGUUGUGUGCCCAGACCCAUUGCAAUCGGAGGCUCACUUAUCGAACAGGUUCACACCUUUAAGUUGCUCGGAGUGUACUUAUCACAUUACCUAUCAUGGCUGCACAUUGCAACGACUUGGUGAAGAAAGCCAACAGGCUUUACGCCCUUCGACAGCUAAAAAAUGUAAUGUUUCACCUGCCGUUAUUGUGUUGAUUUACUGAGUGCUAAUCAGAUCGUCAAUGGAAUAUGCCUCGGUUGUUUUCGCUGGUUUACUCAAAUAUCUUAAUGAUCAAUAAGGGAACAUUCAGAAGAUUGCCUUAGGCAUCAUCUGGCCUGGGGUGAAGUAUUGUGACGCCCUAGCACAAGCCAACAUCAUGACUGAUGCCCUAGCACAAGCCAACAUCAUGACUUUAGAAAACAGACGUGUGGAUAACAUUAAGCCUAGUAGUCCGGUUUAUUACCUGAUUCAUAACAGACAUUGAUUCAAAACACAGCAUGUGCCUUAGGUCUGGAAGAAAGUUUCACCCUGUCCCUGUAAAUACAGUACAGAUCGCUUCUCUAAAUUUGUUACUGUAAGACUGCAAAAGGCUUUAAUAAACUAUAUUAUUAUUAUUA